CGAAGGCCUUAUAAAGUUACAGUGCCUGCUCAACUCGAGCUCCCCUCCAACCUGGAAGAGUGCUACUGGUCGAAGCCUUCCCACAGUAAUACAUAAUCUCGCCUUCCUCCCCUAUAUCUAACGCGCCCACAACACUUCGCCCCUCCAUAAGCCAUCGAGAGAGUCUGACGGAACAGAGUGAUACGCAACUGACCCUCCCUUCCCUUGGUGCUCGGACCUACGAAGCUCGCCGCAUCCCACGUUCAAGAUGCUUCUACGACUGCGUGCUCCCGAUGGCAUGUUCCGCCUGACAGCCGAAAAGGACGAUACCUUUGGCGACCUCAUUAGUCAGCUGAUGCCGCAGCUCCCCUCAACCGUCGAUCCCAAGACAAUUACCCUCUCCAACCACCCGAGCGGCGGCGAUUCCAAAAAGAUUGGGGAGAUUGCAAGGUUCAAGAUUAGCCAGGUUGGGCUCAGGCACGGAGACCUCAUAUUCGUCAGCUAUCAACACCAAGAUGCCGCCACAAACGGAAACGUAGGCGGCGAGGCCCCGAAAUCAGCUCCCCUAUCCUCUACGAACCGGCUUAACGGCAAGCCGAUCCUCCCGACAGAAGACCACCCCAUCGACCCCCUGCCCCCUAUCUCGUCCCCGUCUGAACGGAUCAAGAACCCAUGGGAGGUGGUCAAGCAGUCGCCGCUGGAUGACCGGUUAGACAAGCAGGACGGCAAGAUACCGAGGAAGAGGGACCCCAAGAUGUGCCGCCACGGGCCCAAGGGCAUGUGCGAUUACUGCACGCCCUUGGACCCCUUUAACCCCCAGUACCUCGAGGAGAAGAAAAUAAAGUACAUGUCUGUGCACUCAUAUCUGCGCAAGAUCAACGCAGCCACGAACAAGCCCGAGCUUGGUAGCUCCUUCAUACCCCCGCUUGUCGAGCCCUAUUACCGCGUCAAGCGCGAUUGCCCUUCCGGCCACCCGCAGUGGCCUGAAGGCAUCUGCACAAAGUGCCAACCAAGUGCUAUUACGCUCCAACCUCAGCCCUUCCGCAUGGUGGACCAUGUCGAGUUUGCCACUCCCCAGAUCAUCGACAGAUUCCUCGACGCUUGGCGACGGACCGGGACACAGCGCCUGGGCAUUCUCUACGGAAGGUAUCUCGAGUAUGAUGUGGUGCCCCUCGGCAUCAAGGCCGUGGUCGAGGCUAUCUACGAGCCUCCGCAAAUCGAUGAGGUUGACGGCAUUUCGCUUGAUCCGUGGGAAAACGAGCAAAAGAUUAAUCGCGUCGCCCGGCUUUGCGGCCUAGAACAGGUUGGAGUGAUUUGGACUGACUUGCUAGACGCUGGCAAGGGAGAUGGGAGCGCCAUCUGCAAGCGUCAUGCCGAUUCGUAUUUCCUCGCCUCGCAGGAGAUCGUCUUCGCCGCGCGGCUGCAAGCUCAACACCCCAAACCGACCAAGUGGAGCGAUACGGGAAGAUUCGGUUCAAAUUUCGUCACCUGUGUUGUCUCGGGCAACGAGAAGGGCGAGAUCUCCAUCUCGUCGUACCAAAUGUCCAACGAUGCUGUCGAGAUGGUCAGGGCCGACAUUGUCGAGCCCUCUGCCGAUCCCGGUAUGAUGCUCGUCCGCGACGAAGAAGAGGACGACGGCUCGGCGAGCAGGACACGGUACAUUCCGGAGGUAUUCUACCGCAAGAUCAACGAAUACGGAGCCAAUGUGCUGGAGAACGCCAAACCAGCGUUCCCAGUCGAGUACCUUUUCGUCACCCUCACGCACGGUUUCCCAGAAUCACCCAAGCCGAUCUUCAAGGAUAGCGGGUUCCCCAUCGAAAACCGAGAGUACGUCGGAGAGGCACAGGAGGUCUCGGCCGUUGCGAAAGCGCUCAAGGUGAACCAGAAGGAUGCUGGCCUGAACGUCUCCGACUUUCACCUCCUCUGCUUCAUCCAGCAGAUGGAUGUCUUAUCAAAAGAGGAAGAAGCUCUUCUCUGCAGGGUAGCAACGCAGCAUGACCUGGCGGAGUCGUUCCAGCUGGGGUCCACGACGGGGUGGCAGACGCUCCACAUGAUCCUGCAAUCCACUGGCUAAACGAACCCCGACCGCCGCCGUUUCCACCGCCGGACAGUCCGCGGAAUUGAAGAGGUGGGGAGGAGUAAAGGAGGACCGAUGAGGCUGGGUUUUACGAGCAAACAUACCAACGAAACGAAAG